UUGUUUCUUGAAAAAAAUAGUGGUUCGAAUAUUUAUUAAAAGAAUUCAUAAUACCAAGUGUAUUAUAUUUUUUAAAUAACCUGUUUAGGUACGCGGCAGUUAAUAAUUAAAGUGCGAUACUUGUUUACAAUUUUACUACCUCUUUUAUAUCUAUCUAAUUCAUGUGAAGUGUUAUAAUGUCCUUCAGAAGGAAAUGGUCAUUCAGGACAAAAGUGCAUGUCGAAUCACAUCUCGAAGACGCGGUAGAGUGUAUUGUCGAUUGUAAACAAAACGAGGAAGUCAAUGUCGUAAAUUUAUCGGCGACCUUACAAAAUAAUCCGAAGUCGAGUGAUGAAAUUAUACUUAGCGGAAGUAUCGACGUGGAUACUGUGUCGCAAGUCGAAAUAACAGAUUAUUUGGAAAAAAGUUCUAUUGAAUUGGAAGCCAAUGAUGAAACUUCUUCGGAAGUUGACACCGGUGCCUGUGAUCUGUCCAUACUGGCAGAGCACACCGAGUCCAUCCCGAUCCCGGACGGCCUGGUUAUGGACCCGAUGUCGCCCACAGCGCUUGUGGUGCCCAACGAACUCAUGGACCGCAUUGGCAGUGGGCUGAAUAUACUUAGGGACCACGGCAAGAAAGUUCAAAAGUAUCUUCUGAAGAAUAGAAAGUUUGAAGUUGCCAAGAAGUCAUUGACAUCUAUUGUGAACAUUGUUUUGAUCGAAGCUAAAGACCUGCCAGACGCGCCUGCAAAUGGAAACAGUGGUCUCUAUUGCAAAUUCAAGUUAGGUGGGGAAUCCCAUAAGUCAAAACAGGUCCAUAAAGCAAAACCAAUAUGGCGUGAGAGGUUCAACAUACAUCUUUAUGACGAUAGCUCUCUAGAGGUCAACGUAUGGCACAAAACGAAGCAGAAAAAUUUUAUGGGAAGGUGUGUCAUCGAUCUGUCUCAGCUCGAGAAGGAGAAGACUCACGACCUGUGGCAAGAGCUGGAGUGCGGUUUCGGUUCAGUGCACCUGCUGGUCACUCUCAGUGGCUCGGAGAGGUGCUUGCCUGUCGACAACGUGCUCACUCUCACUAACGGCUUACACCAUGAACCGCCUCAAGAAGAAAAGUUCCAAUGGUACAGACUGGACAACUGGAGCGAAGUCGGCCAGUUGACGGUCACAGUGCACGGCGCGCGAGGCCUGACCGCGCUCAACAUCAGUGGAAACGUCAACGCCUACUGCGUGCUGGAGCUGGACAACUCUAGGAUACAAACACACACUGUCCGCGGUACCUCCGAACACAAUUGGAAUAAGAAUUUUAACUUUUCUGUAAACGAUAUCACAUCAGCGCUAGACAUCACACUGUACGACGAGUCAAUAAUACAGUCAAUGAAAGGUGAAACUAUAGGCAAAGUGUCGAUACCUUUGUUGAGGAUAAUGAACAACGAGAAACGGUGGUACGCGCUAAAAGACAGAUCGAAAAAACACAGCGCAAGAGGAAACUGUCCGAGGAUAUUGUUGGAAAUGUCACUCGUCUGGAAUCCGGUAAAGGCAUCGAUGCGCGUGCUAAGCCCAAAGGAAACCAGAUACAUUCAGAAACCACCUAAAUUCGAUAUCCCACUUAUUUAUAGUAAUUUAAUAUUUAUCAAAAACAUUUUCAAAUUCUUCCAAAAUGGAAAUGAACACUACAAGCGAGUGUUUGAAUGGGAAAAUCAAGAAAAAUCAAUCUGUGCAUUACUCGGAUGGCUGAUAUUUUGGUACUUCUUUAGAAUGUGGAUGACGCCACUUUUGUUGACGUUACCUUUUGCCCACUACUGGCUUACCCAAAGAAAUAAUAAUGUUCCCGUCCCGUUAUACCAGAUCGCUGAUGAAGAAUAUCAAGAGGAAGAACAGGAAACCAAGGACGAUAAGACGAUUAAAUCAAGAAUCAAUGAACUUCAAGAUCUCACAAUAACAAUCAAGACUGCAAUCGACUAUGUAGUGUCACUUCUUGAAAGGAUAAAGAACUUGGUAAACUUUAGCGUGCCUUACUUGAGCUACCUGGUCAUCAUAACUCUGAUUGGUUUAACGAUAGCUCUCUAUUUGAUUCCAGUCAAUUACUUAUUUAUGGCUCUUGGUACUUAUAAGUUUACUCGUAAGUUCUUGAACCCGACCCGAGUGCCCAACAACGAUCUGCUUGAUUUUAUAUCGCGUGUCCCUGAUGACGAGAAGAUGAAACAAUGGCGUGAAUUAAAAGUUCCUGAACCGAACUGCAAUUCGUCAGAUCCAGCAAAAAGCAGAUAGUGAAGAAAAAAUCCCUUGGGGGAAACGAAGAACCCUUCACUAUCUGGGAAGGGUAGUGUGUGUGACUUCCCUUGGGGAAACAUUAUUAUACUUCAGAUGGAGUGCCAUAUCGAGCGAAGCAGAUCGAGCCAGACGAUGAAAAAUAGUAAUGGGACGAGUUUUAGCGUGCAAUAACUUAAUGUUCUGUAAUCCAUAAGAAUUGCUGUUAAGUUAGGCUAUUAAGUUAUUUUUAUUGUCAGAAUAUUUGCUCAAAAGAUUGUGAAUCUAAUAGUAGUGGAAUGCACUUAAUACGUGCAUUUAUUUAUUUAUUUUAUUUAUUUAUAAAAACAAAACACACACAAAAGAAAGAAAACAAACAAAUAAGAAAGAAAGAAAGAAAUAUUGGAUAGAAGCAGGCAAUAUUUUGUCGAACCGGGGUGACGUUGUCGCAUGGGUUCGUCGGCUUCUCGCGGAUGAUAGCAAAAUAAAUAAAUUAUUAUCUUUAAAUAAAUAUGAUAUAAAAAGGUGUUGUCGCUUCAUAGCGAUCUUUUCCAAGCAACCUUAAGUUUAGGAACAUAAUAUUAGUCACACAACAUAGAGUGCUAUAGAGUGCUAUGUAUACGAAUACGUACACCUAUCCUGAGAACUCAUUUCGUAAAUGUAUCGGAGAAGGAAUUGUUCCGAUUUUACAGUUUGUGUGUAUAGUGCCUACCUUAUUUAAAACUUUGUGCAAGCCACUGUCUAUAAGUUAGUUAGGUAAGCCUUGUACUAGUGAGACCUGUAUUUAUACUCUAACAACGGUAUUUAUAAAGUACAACAACCAUAAUGAACUAUUUCGUACAGUCCUUACAAGUACCUUAUCUUAUAUUGGAAUAUUAGAAUCUAAUUAGGAUUAUAAUAACUAUUAUGUUGAGCAGUUUGAAUUAGGUAUGAAAUGAUAGAUCAUUUUAGAACUUUAUUAUUUAUUACCUAUACAAUAUGGCUAUUUAAAACAACCUCAAGUUAGGGGUACUAAUAGAUCUUGGUAUUUUCAUCGUUUCACGUCGGUAGUCCUGAUUGGGUUCUGGGACACCCAACUCUUUCCAAUCUUUCUGCAAAAAAACCAAGUAUUUUAACCAUUAACCAAUAAUUAUAUUAAACUAUAGAUAUCAUCAACAGCCUUUUGAAUGGCCCACUGGCAUUGGCAGGCAAUUGGCCUUGUAGAAAAUUCGAAUUAGAAACGACCUUCACCCAUCUGUUUAAUGGAUAAAAAGUGUUUUACAUCAAAUUUAGCACAUUAAAUUUAAAUUGCAAGUAGGUUGCCCUUAAUCUCCCGACCAAGGCAUUAUUAACCAGUAUUAACUACCUAUCGUUAAUAAUAGUUUGACCAGGAGUUUUUGAGGCAACAUACUGGCAACAUAUUUUUUAACAUACUAACUUUUAUAUAAAAUAUGUUUCAUGCAUUAAACAGAUGGGUGAAGGUCGUUUCUAAUACGGAUCUUAGGUUAUUAUAGGAGAUGGCAUGUGAAGAUUAGACCCAUUAAAGAUUUCUUUGAGGCACGGGAAAACUAAUUUGAAUAGUCUUAAAAAAAAUCUUAGAGUGACCAAGUUAUAUUUUUAUUCGGAGUUUCCAAUUUUUUCCAUCUUGUAUCAGUUUUUGGACACCAUGUAUUAGCAGCUAUAAAUGGCGUAAUCUCACAUAGAUAAAUACUAUUAAAGACAUGAAUGCAAAAUGGAAUGAUUCAUUGAGACUCGUGUCUCUUUUGUGUUGUAAUUGAUAAAGUAAUUUUAAGAAAUAUUUUGUUAUAGCGUUACUUAAACUGUGAUUUAUCUUGCAUUCAGAUACAAAUAAUAAGUAUACUAAGUAAUUAUAAAUUAUAAUUAUUAAUUAAUUUAGAAUAUUUAUAACUAAGUUAUUGUCAAGCGGAUGUGUAUAAAUAGACUGAAGUUACCAAUAUAUCAUUGUCCGGUACUCUUGAAAGGAAAUCUAUUAAACCAUUAUUUAAAACUC